UACGAAAACAGUAGGUACUGUUGUCGUUAGCGUCGCGGAAAACUAGCGAAAGAAGCAUUUAAAUCUCCUUUAAGCGAUCGCAAAACCAAGAUAACAGCCAAACUGUGCACGUUUUCACUAUUGUAAGAAAACGUAAUUCGUGUGGGCUUUGGAUUGCCAUUACUGAGAAAAGAAUAAAACUCGCAAGGUAACAUCGAAUUGAUUUUUGUUAUCUAAACUCGGACUGUGUACGAAAACUGUACCAUACCAUGUCAGAGGCAUCCGCACAAACACAAGCGGUACCCAUAUCGACCCCUAGUCGCGCCACCCAAUCUCUACCGGUCGUAGCGAGUGCUGCCCCAGCACAGGUAAUAAAAGAGGGAUGGCUUUACAAGCGCGGCGAACACAUCAAGAAUUGGCGAUCUCGCUAUUUCAUUCUGCGAGAUGACGGUACCCUCGUCGGCUACAAGAACAGGCCAGAUGCUUCCUUUCAGGCUGAGCCGUCCAAUAAUUUUACGGUUCGCGGUUGCCAAAUCAUGUCCGUUGACAGACCACGACCAUUCACAUUCAUCAUUCGGGGAUUGCAGUGGACUACAGUUAUCGAGCGCAUGUUCCACGUCGAGGAAGAGCGCGAACGACAGGAAUGGGUCGAGGCAAUCCGAAGCGUUGCUAACCGCUUGACGGAAUCUGAAGCGUAUCAGGCUGAUAUCCAAGGCACCGAAGAUGUAGAAAUGGGUUCGAUUGCCGAGGACGAGUUGCUGACUGAGAAGUUUUCGGUUCAAGGAACCUCAACAGGAAAACUCAGUGGUCGUAAGAAAGUGACCCUAGAAAACUUCGAGUUUUUAAAGGUGCUUGGUAAAGGUACUUUUGGAAAAGUUAUCUUGUGUCGCGAAAAAACGACAGCCAAACUGUACGCCAUAAAAAUUCUUAAAAAAGAUGUUAUUGUUCAGAAGGACGAAGUCGCGCACACCAUGGCUGAAAAUAGCGUACUAAAGAAAACUAAUCAUCCUUUCCUGAUCUCGUUAAAAUAUUCAUUUCAAACCGUUGACCGGCUCUGCUUUGUGAUGCAGUACGUCAACGGGGGCGAGUUAUUCUUCCACUUGAGCCGAGAGAGAGUUUUUUCGGAAGAUAGAACGCGAUUUUACGGAGCUGAAAUCAUUUCUGCCUUAGGCUAUCUUCAUUCACACGAGAUUGUAUAUAGAGAUUUGAAACUGGAAAAUCUUUUACUGGACAAAGACGGACACAUUAAAAUAGCUGAUUUUGGCCUAUGUAAGGAAAAGAUCACGUACGGCCGCACUACCAAAACAUUCUGCGGAACACCGGAAUAUUUGGCCCCCGAAGUGUUGGAAGACAACGACUACGGCCUAGCAGUGGACUGGUGGGGCACUGGCGUUGUGAUGUACGAAAUGAUGUGCGGUCGAUUACCUUUUUAUAAUCGGGAUCACGACAUCCUUUUCACUUUGAUCCUAAUGGAGGAAGUCAAAUUUCCGAGAAACAUCAGUGCCAAUGCUAGGGAUCUGCUCAGUGGAUUGUUAAUGAAACAACCGAAGGAUCGACUGGGCGGAGGACCCAACGACUCAAAAGAAAUUAUGAUUCAUCCUUUCUUCUCUAGUAUUAAUUGGACGGAUCUGGUACAGAAAAGAAUUCCUCCUCCGUUUAAACCACAAGUCACGUCCGAUACCGAUACUCGUUACUUUGAUCAGGAAUUCACUGGAGAAAGCGUUGAAUUGACUCCUCCAGACAAUGGUGGGCCACUUGGAGCAAUCCAAGAAGAACCACACUUUUCACAGUUCAGCUAUCAAGAUAUGGCUUCUACUUUGAACACGCCUUCGUUCAUCAACAAUCCUAACAGUUUCGUGUCGAUGCACUGAAAUUCAUAAUUCAUACGCUCUGAACUUUAGGAAACCAACCGAAAGACUACACUGCUGGGAAACUCAAAUUCCGGACUCAAGGCGAAUAUUUCAAGUGCUUUUACUAGGGAAAGUAUCGCCAUGCUGGGUUACCAAGUAAUGCAUGCUUUCGUUUGUAGAAUGACAUAGCUGAAGGGUCCAGGUAAUUGCAAACUGUUUUUGCUGUUUAAAACUGCCAUCUAGUGUUUGAGAUACAGGAUUAUUAUACCAGAGAAGAGCGUUAAAUUUAUGAGAAGCCAUUUCUAUUUCGUUUGCAGAAACAUGGGGAUAAUGUAUGCAAUAGUCUUGUUUUUUUUAAAGAAAAAAAAGGCGGACCGCUUAUCUACAACUAACACCCAGUCGGACUUGGAUUUCAAAGUUUGACCGUUUGGUAUAUGGAAUAAAAGGUCCUUCAGGAGUUCUCAAACUCAAGUACACAAUAGGCAAUUACAACUUGUUCAAGUUCGUUUCACACGAAAGAACACUGAAACUAAAUCAGCGACAAUCGUCGCGACCCGAUAGCCCGGAACACGGCUAGCUGAAUGUCAGCCGUGAGGUUAAAUCCUUAUAAAUUCAUCACUGAGGAAAAAAUCUCACAAACAUUCUACAUAUUUUCGCAUCAGUUGUUUGUAAUUAUUUCGUCAGACAAUUUAAAUUUAAAACACUGACCUCAAAAAUAUUAAUUUAAUCAUACCGCUAAAAAAACUGUCAUGAACAAACAAAUAUUAUACAGUUUCAAAAAUUAAAUUGAUCAUUUUUCAUAUCCCAUUCACUACAUCUAUUUUUAUUUGACUUCUAUGAGAUUAUAGGCAAUGGUUAAUAAUAUGAUUAUUUAUCGUUUACGAAAUUCCGGUUGGUGUAAUUUACAGAAUAUUUUUGAGUGCUUUUUUUCUUUCGGUUAUAUUGUGAAGGUUGUCCACGAUGGAAUUGCCACACCCAAAAUUGAUUCGCAAAAUUCGAGUUUUCAUCAAAUUUUAAGGGAUUGAAAAAUAACUAUUAAAUUUCAUUUUACCAUUUUACGCGUAUUUUAUUAACAGUCCAUACGCAAAUGCCCGCACCUUGGCCUUAACCCCGGCCAUAAGAUUCUGCGAAAAUAUCUAAUUCUACUUUAAAUUCUACUGACUGCAAUAAAAAAUUCGGAUCACCAGUUGUUAUAAACAUAUUGUGAGAUUUAUGUCCUCUGCUGCAUUACGCUCCAUUCCAUAUUCAUUAGGGUGGCCCAAAAUUGUACUAUGUCUGGGAUUUUGGGGGCUCAAGCUUCAAAUGAUAGCUUAGGGUGUAAGAAACAAUAUUUUAUAUGGCGACGAUUCAGAAAAAUUAUGUUUAGAGGUCGCACUGGUUCGAUUUUUGGAAAAAGGCCAAUUUUUCGACAUUUUGUCCUAAUAACAUUUUCACAUCUUGAAAAAGUUUCAAACAUGUGUCUCUAAUAUUUUUUAAAUUUUCUUCAUAAUGUAAGUUUUAAACUAAAAAUUUAUUGGGACUGUUUUGGACUCUCAAUUUGUAUGUAUGAUUUUUUGAAUUACGCAAUACUACGAAUUUUUGUAAAAAAUAAAAUUAAAAUGAACAAAAAAGUGUACUUUGGAUUAAGAUUUUUAAUCAACAUUGAAUUCAAAAGAUGCGCGACGUUAUAAUGUGCAACUUUGCAGAAGAAAGUAUAUAGCUAUGACUUGUCGUUUCAAAGUAAUUCAAGUUUCACUGUGGAAAAAAGUCACAAUUUUCAAAUUUUUGCUAAGAAUUGCUCUAUAUUAUGAUGUUGAUGAGUUUCGAGUAAUCUAAGAACCAAAUAAACUUCUGAUAUCAAAUUUUUUCAUCCUUUUAUCGAUCCUUAAAUCACCAGAAAGAACCAUUCCAAGUUUCUAGAUUUUUAUUUUAAAUUUAUUUAGUGGUUGUAGCCAUAGCACAUUCACCAAACCGUCACCCAAGUAGCACCCAAGGAGCAAUUUUUAGCAAAAGUUUGAAAUUUGUGACUUUUUCACUCAGAAAAACUAGAAUAACUUUUUAACGACAAGUAAUAGCUAUACACUUUCUUCUGCAAAGUUGCACAUCAUAACGUUGCGCAUCUUUUGAAUUCAAUGUUGAUUGAAAAUGUUAAUCCAAAGUACACUUUAUUGUGAAUUAUAAAUUUUUUUUCUCAAAAAUUCAUAGUAUUGCGUAAUUAAAAAAAAAACAUACAUACAAAUUGAGAGUCCAAAACAGUCCCAAUAAAUUUUUAGUUUAAAACUUACAUUAUGAAGAAAAUUUAAAAAAUAUUAGAGACACAUGUUUGAAACUUUUUCAAGAUCUGAAAAUGUUAUUAGGACAAAAUGUCGAAAAAUUGGCCUUUUUCCAAAAAUCGAACCAGUGCGACCUUUAAACAUCAUUAUCCUGAGUCGCCACCAUAUAAAAUAUUGUUUCUUACACCCUAAGCUAUCAUUUGAAGCUUGAGCCCCCAACAUCCCAGACAUAGUACAAUUUUGGGCCACCCUAAUAUUCAUGCAAAAUUUCGUGCAUCUCCUCUGCAAACGUUAUUGGCUUUUCCUUUGUGUUUUUUAUUUGUUUCUAUCAUGUAGCAUGAAGAUGCAAACGUCGAAAGAAGAGGGGUUUGGAGCAUAAAAAACUAUAAAAAAGCAUCAAACUGUGAUAAAAUGUAAAAACACGAUACAGAGGGAUGGGAACAGAAUUCGAUGAUCAGUUAAAAAUCGAUUCAUAAACUUCGUAGAUCAUUUUUGUCAAAAAGGCAACCUGUCAAAUUGUAUCAAAACACUUCACAAUUUGGAUAGUUAGUAGCUACUGAAAAUUUUAAAAAUAUCAGCCGGAAACACAUCUCAAAAUAUUUAUCACCCUUAAUGAUUGAACGAUACAAUGAAGAUUCUAACGCCUUCAAAAACGAAAUCCUCUGCGAAGUUUAUAAAUUUCCAAAACAACCGAGCAAAGAUUUAAUCUAUGAAUAUAAUAGGUAAUAAGUUCAAGAAUUAAUUUGAAAUGCAUAAAGAAAGCAUAAUUUUAAUGUUUUAACGUUAAGAAUGUGUACCAUCCCCAGGCUUUUAGAAACGUAAUUGAAGCAUAGAUUUCAACAUUAAUAACUAUAACGUGCGUAUAAAAACUAACUAGGCCGAUUUGUUUUUUUUUUCAAUGCGACUCGUACUUCAUUUCGUUGUAGUAAAAAAAAUUAAAGGUGAUAGUACGAAAAAAAAUCAGUUUUGGGCUUGGGCCUGCUAAAAAGCAUAAAGCUUGCUAUUUACUCUUACCCAGAUUUCCAUAAGAAUGACAGCUAGUCGGUGUGAAGGCUAUUGCUUUCUCUGUUCAACACAUGAGAAAUCGCAUACCCGGAUUGCGAGCGCGCCCAUCGCCAAUAACAUUUUUAGUUCUUGCCUAAACAAAAACACUGGAACAAUCCUGGAUAUAGAAAGGUUUUAAAAUUCCAAUACCUUCGGGGAUAUACCUAGUAAAAUUGUAAAAUGUUUCCUUUUUUCUUUUCCGAACACAUGGCUGCUUAGCUUUAAUAAUCGAGGUAUAGGCCUCAAAUAUCUCUUAAGUUAUGCUACAGCCACAUAUACUAUAAUAAUAAGAAUUACAAUCAACGAAGGUUUUUGAAAUUUCAUUCAAACAGUGGCAAUUUUCGUGUUUCUAGUUAUACUUCGUCUUCAUAGCAUUUAAGGGUUGCGUUUAAAAAAUUUGAUAUAUUUUCAGCACUGUAAAUAAAUGUAUACAUUUUACGAUUACAAAUAUCGGUGACACGACAAUUCACUUUUUCCAACUUUGCGCUUUGCCAUGAUGUGAAAUUCGUUGAAGUUCAAUUUUACGCGUCUUUUGCUACCAGCGUUUUUUGCUAUUUAGGUAAAAUAUGAAAGCCAGCAAAGUUCGGAGCGGAAAACGAACUUGAUGUCAUACAAUCCAAUUUACUUGUUCUGAAAUUUUCUUUUUUGCUUGUAUCUAAAUUAACGGAAUGUCUAUAAUUUGCAAUUAUUGAAUAAGAUAAUCUUUCGUACAAAUUCUCUGUACACGGAACAGUUAGAUAUAGUAAACAGUACAGUAAAUUGAAAAACAAAUAUGCUCUAAAACCUUUGGAACUAAAAAAAAAUGUAAAACAAAAAUACGGAAACAUUUGGAUCCCAAACUAGAAUUUUUUGGUACUUCUUCAACGAAUCGUGUCUCAACAAAAUGAUAGUUUGUUCCACUGAAAAUCAUGUUCUUUAUUUGAUUGAAUUUGUAAUGAUCACAAAACUAUGUACCAUUCUGAUAUUUUGACACACUUAUGUUCGUGAAAUUCCGUUCCAAAUAUUCUUAUUCAAUUUCAAUUGUACAAUAGAUUGGUUUGGUGACAUGAUAAUGAUGAUAAUAACACAAAACGGUGCUUAGUAUAACUAUAAAAAUACCGGAAAAAAUAUAAAUAAAUUCAUGAAUGUGCAAUUGUUUGCAAAAAAAAGCAUCAAUCCAAUAUGUAUACACUGCCCCUACCCGCAUAACAGUCCCAUAUGAAUUUUCGUCAUUUUUCAUCUAACCUGACAGUUCGUCAUUUUGUACAUUUUACUUCAAUAUGAAACAAUAAAAAAAGAGACUUUGUUCUAGAAAUUACGAAAAAAAUAUCAACUAGUGACUGUCCCAUAUGAAAUAUACCCGCAUAACAGUCCCAUAUGUGAAAUACCACGGAUGAAGUUACCUUACUAUGUUUCUUUCGGUGAAAUGAUCUUUUAUUUAUUGCUUUAAGUCAUUUAUACAAGAUGCAAUUCACUUGAUAUCGAAUUAUGCACACUACACAGUAAAUUUAACUACAGUUUUUGAAAGGCAGGCUAAGAUAAAGGAAGGAUGGUCUUCCUGUGAGUAAAAACUAUCAGAAACAACUAAAAACCAUGAUAAGGUUCAACUUACAAUGUGGAAUUCACGAACUACAUUUACAAGUUCAGAAAUGGUCAAAUUUAAGUCUUAGAAGGUAGCUUGGUGAACAAACCAUAUUCUGUAUGGGACUGUUAUGCGAGUAGAUUUGAAAAAGGUCUCGAAUAUGCCCGCAUAACAGUCCCAUAACAAACAAAAAUGGUGCUCCAGACCUUACCAGUUGCCAAAUUUCGAAAAAUUCAGGUCCUACGAUUUAUUAUGACAACCUUGAACAUAUUCCAUUAAACGAUUUUUGUUUACACUGAAAGCUGUGCUCACAAUUUAAAAAUGUAUUCCAAAACAGAAAAAGCUGAUUUUCUCGCUUGCUCGUUUUUGCAUAUGGGACUGUUAUGAAAGUAGGGGCAGUACAUAUAAGUUAAAAAAAUUUAAGCUUUGCGCAGUGACGAUAUCGUAACCAAUGAGGAUCUACCGAGGUGUGAUUAUUGCUAGUUGAAACGUUAACAAUUACGGCCCUUAUCUUGCUUUCGUCUAUUCUCAUAUAUUAGGCCGGUGAAUUAGUGAGAGAGAAUUGGAGAACGCCACCAACGAGAACUUGAGCGGUGUAACAAAUUGGGAUCUGCUUUGCCGCAUUCAGUAUGUCAGGUUUUAGCGAUUCACAUACAUUUCCAUCAAAAUGUGUUUCGCCGCAUUAAUUGGCAUUUGUCGGUACGCAUCGCGUCGCGUGCACUAUGUCAUCGGCCUUACUAAUAUUACUCGAUUGCAGCUGAGUAAUACGCGUUAUUUUGAAAUCGGCCAGUUUAUUGACGCAAAAGCUGAGUGUAACGAAAAAGUUUAACAAAAAUCGAUUCACUUGAUGAUCACGCAGGAAGUAGUAGUACAUAGUACGAAAAUCGCGAAGAAUACAAUAGGAUUAAGACGUAACAGAAAACUCUACUUUAUUAACUAAAUAAAAAAAUUAUUUAUA